GACAUAGCCAUUGUUAAUGCUGCAUUCAACCUGACUUUAGGCGACAAUAGCAGCGUGUCAGAAAUAGAGAUGGCAUUUGGUGGAAUGGCUCCUACCACUGUAAUGGCACCCAAGACUUCAGCAGCACUGCAGAAAAGGCUGUGGACAUCAGAGACUGUAGAUGAUGUGUUCCCUGUCCUAAUGGAAGAACUUCCCCUAGACCCUGGUGCAACCUGGAGGGAUGGUAUCUUACAGACGCUGCCUUACUCUCAGCAUGUUCUUCAAGUUCUAUAUCUCAGUAAUCCAGAGGUUGGAGAGCAAGAAUGCUACCUCAGAGAAGAUACCAGAUUCUUACAUGAGUGCUGCUCAGAAGUUCAAAAGCCUUCCUCCCAAAAGUUCACAAUACUUUCAAGUGGUACCUUCAACUCAGUCGAAGAUAGAUCUGGUUGGACGACCCACAGUACAUAAGUCCGCUUUCAAGCAAGCUACAGGUGAGGCUAUCUACUGUGAUGAUAUCCCUCACUGGGAAGACCAGCUGUAUCUCAGUCUGGUGUUCAGCUCGCGCGCUCGUGCACGUAUUCUCGACAUCGACGCCUCCGCUGCCCUCGCACUGCCAGGAGUCCAUGCCUUCUACUCUGCCAAAGAUCUCCCGGGAAAGUCAAACUUCUUCGGGCCCAUUCACCAGGAUGAUCUGGUCUUCGCUGAUGGCGAGGUACUAUGUGUGGGACAAGUGAUAGGAGCUGUUGUGGCUGACACUCAGAGUCUGGCUCAAAGAGCUGCCAAACUGGUGAAAGUUGACUACGAAGAUCUGGAGUCGGCCAUCAUCACAAUUGAGGAUGCCAUCAGAGAGAAAUCAUUCUAUGCUCCGGCUCCAUUGAAGCUGCGGUGUGGAGAGCCAGAAAAGAUGCUGGAAUCUGCAGAACACGUGGUGGAGGGAGAGAUGAGACUGAGUGGUCAGGAGCAUUUCUACCUGGAGACCAUGGCUUGUAUCGUGGUCCCAAAAGGUGAAGACGAUGAGUUGGAAGUCACAUCUUCCACACAACAUCCUACCGAAAUACAGGAGAGUGUUGCUCACAUGUUGGGUAUUGACUCCAACAAGGUUGUAGUCAAGGUCAAGAGGUUGGGAGGAGGGUUUGGAGGGAAAGAGUCUCGUAGCACAAUGACUGCCUUACCCUGUGCUUUAGCUGCUAAGAAGUUGGGCAAGCCAGUACGCUGCAUGCUGGACCGUGAUGAAGACAUGUUGUCGACGGGUCAAAGACACCCAUUCCUUGGACGUUACAAGGUCGCAUUCACCCCUGAAGGCAAACUAAUAGCCUGUGAAAUCAGUAUGUACAGUAACGCUGGCAUCUCGUAUGACCUCUCUAAUUCUGUGAUGGAACGAGCAAUGAUGCAUUGUGAAAAUGCUUACAAAAUUCCACAUGUGAGUGUGUAUGGUUAUGUGUGCAAGACUAACUUGGUGACCAACACAGCCUUCCGCGGGUUCGGAGCCCCUCAAGCCAUGUUAAUCAGUGAGACCAUGAUGCGACAUGUAGCGGACUACUUGCAUAAGGAUCCCUUCGAGAUUUGCCAGCUGAACCUGUAUAAGGAAGGUGACCUGACCCCGUUCCACCAACAGCUGACAUAUUGCACUAUGGACCGUUGCUGGCAGGAGGCCGUGAAUGACUCUCAAUAUUUCAAUCGUAAGGCUGCCGUCCAGAAAUUCAACAAGGAGAAUCGAUGGCGCAAGCGUGGCAUCAGUGUGGUACCCACUGCCUUUGGAAUAGCGUACACUUCCCUGUUCCUCAACCAAUCCGGAGCCCUGGUGCUGGUCUACGUGGAUGGUUCAGUGUUGUUGUCCCACGGUGGUACAGAGAUGGGGCAAGGGCUACACACCAAGAUGAUACAAGUGGCCAGCAAAGCUCUUGGGAUUCCUGCAUCCAUGAUCCACAUCUCAGAGACAGCCACUGACAAGGUUCCCAAUACAGGAGCUACUGCUGCUAGCUCUGGUUCCGACCUCAAUGGAAUGGCCAUCAUCGAUGCAUGCAAUAAGCUGCUGGACCGUCUGAAGCCGUACAGAGAGGCAAAUCCAAAGGGCGAGUGGAAGGACUGGGUGAGGACCGCAUUCUUCGAUAGAGUCAGUUUAGCGGCUACUGGGUUCUACAAGACCCCAGACAUCAAAUAUGACUUUCACAAGAAUGAAGGAAUGGCAUUCAACUACUUCGCCUACGGAGCUGCCUGUUCCGAGGUGGAGAUUGACUGUUUGACUGGCGACCAUCAGGUGUUACGGACCGACAUCGUGAUGGACGUGGGCGAGAGUCUCAACCCGGCCAUAGACGUGGGGCAGGUGGAAGGGGCGUUCAUGCAAGGUUACGGUCUGUUCACCAUCGAGGAACCCAUACAUUCCCCCCAGGGGGGUCUGCUGUCUCGAGGCCCUGGAGCGUAUAAACUGCCUGGCUUCACUGAUAUCCCGGCCCAGUUCAACGUUUCUCUACUGAAGGAGGCACCGAACCUCAGAGCUGUCUAUUCUUCAAAGGCAGUGGGAGAGCCUCCUCUGUUCCUAGCGUCCUCUGUCUUCUUUGCUAUCCGGGAGGCUAUCCAGGCAGCACGAGCUGAGGUCGGACUCACUGGAUACUUCCGCCUGGACUCCCCUGCCACGUCUGCCCGGAUACGGAUGGCUUGUGCUGACCACAUUACUGAAAAGUUCCCAGAACCACAACCGGACACUUACAAACCUUGGAACAUCAUCCUGUAGACAGACGAUACCAAACAUCAGUCUUCAAAUACAUGUCAGAAUUCACCACUGCAUAAGUAUCCAUAAGUCAUGUAGGAUAUCCUCCAUACCACUGUGCCAUUGUGUGUGUGAUCUUGAAAUGCUCAUUAUUAUUAUUAUUGUAUGUUGAUAAUGGUAUUAUGAAUAACUUAAUAUAUUUACAAACUUAAGACGAAAACGGGAAGUUGUGUUUUGGGAAUUUGAGUUUGAAUUUAAAUUGGUCAGUCUUGUCAAUUCAUUGGUUCAUAUGAUGACUUGUGAAUUAUAAUCAAACCAAAGCAACUCUAUUUUAUUUAUAAUAAGUUGUAAAAACUAUCUGUAUACUAAAUAUUGAUAUUAUUUUUGUUUAAUAAAUUAAUGUUCGUAGCUCAAUUAUGAAAUAAUUAAGUAUUAAAUUAUGUUCUUUAUUGUUUGGAAAGUGACA